GCCUUUGCCCCCCCGGGUCAGAUCGCUCGCUCGCCCCCGCACCGCUCCUCUUCUUCCUUUUUGGCCGGGCGCGGGCGCCACCGACGCGCGCUGCCUCUGCCUGUGCCCUGUGGGAGGAGAGGAGAAGGCGAGAAGCCAAAGGGAGGGGAGGAAGGGGAGCCCUGCGCCCCGCCAAAAAUAGCAGGCGCCGCGACCCAUGGGCGUCAAGCAGGUCCUCGUCCGCCCCUGCGGCUACCGCCGUCGCUACGACGACGACGACCGCGGCAGCAGCACCGGCAGCGGCGCUCGCGAGGAGGUCGUGCUGGACCAGUCGCCGUCGCCGCCGCCCAUGUCCUCCUGCGGCCGCUACGUCCUGCACCGAGUCUGCAGGUUCGACACCCUCGCCGGAGUCGCCAUCAAGUACGGCGUCGAGGUGGCGGACGUCAAGCGCGCCAACGGCCUCACCACCGACCUGCAGAUGUUCGCGCACAAGACGCUCCGGGUCCCGCUCCACGGCCGCCACCCGCCGGCCGCCGCCACCACUUCUCCUCCGUCCUCUUCUCCAAGCCACGCCGAUCGCAGCAGAGAAUGGACUACGCGUCGCCCUCCCAAAAAUGGUGCUUCUUGGGAUCCAUUUCUUAAACCGCCACGGAGCACAGUUUCACCAUCCAUGAGCCUCUUGCAGGGAUACUAUGGCCUUACACCUACCCCACAGGAGAACCUGACUAAUGCAGGCACUGAAAUGGCGACGUACGCUAAAGGUCACCAUAGGAAAGCUAGAAGCUUGUCUAGCAGCUUCUCUAUUGAAAAUGGAGAUGCAAAUAGGGAGACCGAUGAUGCUGAGAAGCCCAUAAGGCGGCGCCAGAAAGCCGAUGUUGAGUUGACAACAAGGGAGGACAAUGGCGGUAGCCUGUUGGCGAGGGCCGGGCAGGGCUUGGCCAUGAGGCCGAAGCCUGGCAGUCGAGCAGAUAUGAACAGUAGCCAGCAAGAUCUUUUGGCGACGUGGAUGCCUUCGUACGGCGAUGGAUUGCAAGCUGUGAAGAAAUCUUCGAGCACUCCGGAGUUCCAAGAUUCAGACAGCAUCAGCAUUGCAUCGGUGUGGUUGAAGAGCAAGUGGAACUUGAAACCAGACGCUUUCACCCUCACACUUCCUCUCCCGCUUUUCGACGGCAUACCGAAGCCUCUCUUCGACAGCAUCCCGAAGCCCCUCCUCGACAACAUUCCGAAUUCGAUCGCUGCUUGGAGAAACAAGGCGGCCAAAGAUUAGUGAGGUCCAUAGCUUGGUUACUACUGCCUUAUACUUAUUGGUUGUUUUUUUGGUAUCUUAGUGGAGGUGCAGGAAGGGCCUGGAGGAGUUGGUUUGUACUGUACGUCCUCGGUCCCCGUCCACACAAAGGAAGAUGGACACAGCUAACGCAGAGAUGGUGCUGCAAUGGCGUGAUGGAUAGUGAUACUGAUACAUGAUACAUAGCUUCCACAUACAUACUGUACUGAAAGUGCUGUGCCAAGAGGGCAACAGCAACAGAUUAUCCUCGUUAUGAAUUGAAGUUGAGAGUUGAGACACGAGAGCCCUGGGGCUUAUUUGAGCCUUUGUGGGGUAUUCUUUUGCACACAUAUAGGAAAGAAGGCAAACGCCAAGCAGCAUGUGUGUUGGCUCAAUGCACUAAUAAAGAAAUGGCUUUGUUCAUUCCA